AGAGCAAUGGCGGCCGGAGUGGGAGGUAGAGGGGUGCAGUGACACAUUUUCGCCAUUUGCUCACCAGUGGAAGCACAUACGAGGUUAAAUGUGAGAGUGAGAAUUAACCCCAAGACACUCAGUUCUCAGGAGCAGAGGCUGAGGUGUCACAGUGCACAACACCAUGAGUGAGCCAUGCGGCGGUGGCGGUGGGGUCAGAACAAGGACCUACCCCUCCGUCAGUAGCAUGGAGAGAGGUGGCGGUGGUGGUGGUGUAGUGGGUGGCGGUGGUGGUGGCUCGUCGUCAUCCACGUCCGGGUUUCCAAGGAUGUCGCUCCGCUCGCUGAUCUUCAACAGUCCAUUUUCUAUUCGAACGAGGCCCAAGAGAGUCCGCACACCACCGUCCUCAUACAAAUUAACGAUAGAGUCCGAAGGGGGCAGUGGCGGCGGUAGUGGUAGUGUUGGUGACUCGUUUGGUGGUGGGACAGGUGAUGGGAGUGUGCCAGGUGACCCUCCCAGCUGGAGUUCCAUCCGACGCCACCACGCUGGAGGAAGGAGCCUGGUGGGGAGCAGGCGGGGGUCUGUGGGAUCCCGGGGUGCUGCAAGGGGGGAAUCCUGCUCAUCCGAAGGGGGUGCAUGUGGUGGUGCGACACAGGGCAGCGGGGAGGCCACAGCAACCCCUGCAGCAGCCAGCAGUGGCGGCCCACACCCUACAGAUCCCCCUGCUGGGGCAACAGCAGCGACAGGAGGAGGGGAGGCAGGCCGGAGGGAGUGCCCACUGUGCCUGCAGGAGGUGUCUGGCGACGCAUUCCCCACCCUGCUGUCCUGCCCACACUCAGCCUGCCUCGCCUGCCUGCGCCAGUACCUGCGAGUGGAGAUCACAGAGUCCAGAGUCAACAUCAGCUGUCCACAGUGCAGUGAACUCAUGCAUCCAUCAGACAUCCACGCCAUUGUUGACAACGCACUUCUCUCCUUUAAGUUUGAGGACUUUAUGCUGCGCCGUGUCCUCUCCACGGACCCUGACACACGCUGGUGCCCCGCCCCAGACUGUGGGUAUGCAGUGGUGGCCUCAGGAUGUGCCGGGUGCCCCAAGCUGAAGUGUGAGCGGCCAGGGUGCGGCAGCUACUUCUGCUACCACUGCAAGGCAGAGUGGCACCCAAACCAGACCUGUGACAUGGCCCGGGCACAGCGCUCCCCCAACAUGUUGCUGUCCUCCUUCAGUUACCUGCAUGACAUCCAGACUAGUGAUGAUGUGAAGGCGUGUCCCCGUUGCCAAGUAUUGAUAGUGAAGAUGGACGAUGGCUCCUGCAACCACAUGACUUGCAGUGUGUGUGGUGCUGAGUUCUGCUGGCUGUGCAUGAAGGAAAUUUCAGACCUUCACUAUCUCAGUCCGUCUGGGUGCACCUUCUGGGGCAAGAAACCGUGGUCCAGGAAGAAGAAGAUCCUAUGGCAGUUGGGCACCCUGGUGGGGGCUCCCCUGGGCAUUGGCCUGGUGGCGGGCCUUGCUGUCCCAGCCAUGAUCAUAGGUGAGGGAGACAACCACCACUACCACAACUUAAUACUAGGCAUCCCCAUCUGGGUAGGAAGGAGACUCCACGCGCGGUAUGCCCUGAGCAAUCCACAUCGACGCAACCUGGCAGUGGUGGGCGGAGUGACAGCCUCGGCUGUCAUCUCCCCAGUGCUGGCGGGCCUGGCAGUGAGCAUAGGGGUGCCCAUCCUGCUGGCCUACGUGUAUGGUGUGGUGCCCGUGUCGCUGUGUCGCUCAGGGGGAUGCGGCGUCACCACGUCUGCCUCGGGGGUGAGGAUAGCCUUCGACGACGAGAACGGGAUGGUCUUUGGCCUGCCCGGAAGACAGUCAGAGUCAAGUCAUGUAGGAGGAGGAACAGCCAGCAUUGGGGAGGUGUCCUGUGGAGCAUCCCUCUCAGCUGACUCGGCUGCCCAUGCCCUGGCGGAGAGUGAUAGAGAGAGUGCCAGUAACACAGCCAUUGCCCCUGCUUCCCUAACAGGUUCCAUUGCCUCUUCCUGCAUUUCCCGAACAAAUAGGUUGGAGGUUCAUGUAGACAUAGCACAAGGGACUCGGUCAACAGCCAGUGGAGAGACGGCCUCGCUGGCCAUCUCAGAGCGGUCCACUCACACCCUGGACACUGAGAAUGCCUCGCUGCGUGGCUUGGCUGGAUCACUCCUGCAGUAUAAGGUGUGUGAGAGCGAGGCAGAGGGAGACCUUGGCGGUGCAGCAGACAGUGCCAGCGGUGUGUUGGAAGGCCUGGGCCCCCACCCUGCUGGCCUGGGGCUGCACUCCUCACUGCCGCCAGCCAGUGACUCUGGCUCAGCUGACCUGCGGCUGGACAGUGUGAGUGCCAUCAUCACAGCGCGGCAGUUCUCGCGGCGGCACAGUGCCUCUGGUGGCCGAGGCGUCACAUUCCAGGGAGACGGGCCAGAGGCGGUGGACCACGUGGCCCUCACUCUGGACGACGAUGGGGAGGAGGCUGAGGCGCCCGAUAGCCCCUUCAGCUUUGAGGAGGGCCAGGCGGCUCCCUCUGCCGGCCCCCCUUCCCUGAACAGCCAACCGGAGGUGGAGAGCCAGUCCCCAGCGGCAGCGGCAACCCCCCAAAGCAGCUCACCAGUGCUGGCUGCUGUCCACCACCCCCAUGGCCCCCCUGCCCCACACCCCCACCGCAGGGGACGGCGGCGGCGGGCCUCCAGUGCAGAAGGGAAGUCCAACCGGAGCUUUGAGCGCCCAGCACGGUGCGAGUCCUUCCCUAAGGUGGAUACGUAGUUCAUCUGUGAUAACUGUUUCUUCCCUCUUUUGUAUGCCUCAGCUGGACAGUGAGAUGUGGUGCCCCACCACAUGGUGCCCCAGGGGGGAGCAUCUGCCUGGGGGCGUUGCUGGCUCAGGGGCAGGGGGAGGCAGCCAGGGCAGGGCAAGUAUUGGGGGAGGCCCCAGAAAGCUAGAGGCCCUGGUGGGGUGGCAGUGAUCUGGGACAUGACCCUCAGUGGCAGUGUGGGGAGGAAGGGAGGAGUGAGGGGGAUGAACACGGCCACACGUGUGGUGCCCGCCUUGCUGUGGCCUGGUGGAGAGGGCCACCACUCAUCGCACUGGGACAGAAUUAGUAUUUGAAAAAUGAGCCAUGCUUCCACUCAUUGUUUUAAUUCUGCUCAGAUCAGCAAACCCGUACUGGCUCUCUCAGUAUGUUUGCUUGUAUUCCAGAGUCUUUUCUUUUAGUUGUUUACUCAUGAAAGAUUGUUUCCUGACUUCAAACCAAAAAAAAUAAAAUUCAUCUCUUAGGAUUUGUAAUGUUUCUAUUAAGUUGUUAUUUUUAGUAUUACUGUUAAUGGCCUUUUAUGUUAUAUGAUGCAUGAAAGAAUUUUAUCUUUACUAGAAAUAUUGAUUCUUGAAUUUGUGUUGAAUUUCCAGAUUUCUAUUUUAUUUUGUAUAUUUUGCUGGUCUGAUGGGAACAUCAAAGAAUUGGGUGGAUGCUCUUUCCACCCUCUCAUACAUCACAUUUCAUAAGGUAAAAAUGGAUAAAGGCCCACUGAUGAAGCCAUUCCUAAUUAGUGACCAAUUUGUGAUGACACAUGGCUCAGAAUUCCUCCUUUAAGCAUCCCAGUGUGUUUGUGUGUGUCACUGCUUCCCUUCCUUCCUUCCAUGCCAUAACAAAACAUUCCAGCCCUGACAUGGGGACACCAAGGGCAUGAGAGGCCACUGGGGAAGGGAAGUGAUAAAGAAAUUAUGGUGCAUAUUAUGAUAGUGCCUCCUCCUCCUCCUCCUCCUUCACUGUCAUCUCCUCCUGCCUCUCCUUGCCAGCAUAUCGAAUCAUCACGUCUGCUGCCUGGUUUGUCUGAAUGUCAUGUUUUGUCAUGUCAGCGAUUGCUCACCUCUUCACUUGGCACAAAGAAACAUGGACUGCCCCAGAAUGCACACACCUGCCCCAGCCAAUAUCCACAUGUGCUUCAGUACACACAUGCCCCAGUACACACUUCAUACCUAUUUCAGUAUACACUCAUCUACCCCCAAUACCCACAAACCUUUACUACUCACACAUCCCCAGUACCCAAACGCAUAACCUACUACCCACAAAUCUGUCCAAUACCCAACACACAUCCUAAAUACUCACACACAUACCCACAGCCCUACUAUCCUCUUCCCUGUCUUCCUCUACCUCCUCCUCCUCCUCUCCAAGGUCCCCAACCACACAAGAGGGCAGUAGAUGGGCAGUCCCUUUGCCGUAAGUGUCUACCAUUGGGUAUUAGUAAGUGGGGAUUAGUGUGGUGACGCCCCCCUGGAUGUUACUUUUGUAUUUUCUCCUCCUUUUCCCCUACUACGUAUGUGUUUUAGUCUAAAUAACAAGCGUGGCCAGAGGUCUUUCUUUCUCUCUUUCCAUCGCGUGAUUUUUCGCUCAAGAUGUCUUUAAUAUUCUUUGCGUCAAUCUUUUUUUUAUUCUGUGUUGUCUGUCUCUCAUUUUCUCUCAUUUUCUCUCUCUCUCUCUCUUGUUCUCUUGGUGAUCAGUUUUCUUUAUAUAUAUAUAUUUUUUUUAUGGAGUGAGUGGUUGUAGCAAAAGCGUCGUAGGAAUUCACUUCAUUAUUUUGUGAUGUGUGUUGUCAUUGCCACACACAUGCAAGCUGCUGAAACAUUCUGUCCAAAGAACCCAAAGUUUCAUACGUUUGUACUGUGUAGUCUCAAAAAAAGAAUAAUAAUGAUAGGAACGUAAUUUUACAUUUAGGCCAUGGAGAACUGCUUGCUUCUACGUACAUUGUGUGUGUGUGUGUGUGUGUGUGUGUGUGUGUGUGUGUGUGUGUGUGUGUGUGUGUAUGUGAAUUAAGCAUUCAGGCAUUGCAGCAGUUAUAUUUUCCACCUUGUAUUUACUAUAUUCUUGUUACAAUCUCCAUUCUUUUUUUCCUCUUUCUUUUAUCAUUUACUUGUAUUGGUUGUACUCUGUUUACAAUUCCUGUCCUUCCUCUUUCCUAAUUCUCUCUCUUUCCUUCAUUUUUCACUUAUGUUCUCUUCGUUUCCUCCAUCCCUUCUUUCUGUUUUUCUCCUAACAUUCUCUUUCUCAUAACAUUUCCUUUCCUCCAAUCCUUCCCUCAGUUUUCUCCUAACAUUCUCUUCCUUUCCUCUAUUCCUUUCUUCUGUUUUUACUUAUAUUGUUGUCCUAACCUCCAAUCCUUCACCCCUCCCUUUGUCUUCUCUUAUUCCCCUCUCUCCUCACAACUGCUGCAUGUAGUAGUGAGUGAGGGACAAAUCUUAUCUCUUAGUAACCUGGUCCUCUUUAUCCCCUCCAUCCUGGGCUGAUUUCCUGCAGUUUUUGACCCACACCAGAAUAGGAAAGAUGCAGCCCUGAAAGAUUGACUCAGUGGUGCAUUCUUUUGUAGUCUUGGUUUGGUAAGUGACUCAGUGGCAUGCAAGUGGAGUGCAAGAUACCAGGAGGACUGACAGCGUUGUAUUAUUAUUAGGGUGGCAGUGAGUGGCAGUUUUUUCUGUGUUUGUGUGUGUGUUGAAGCAAGGUAUGUAUGUUUGUUGUUAUGCAUGUGUGUGUGCUUUUGAGUUGCUGACUGUAUGAAUGAGCAAGUAAGCAGAUGAAAAAAUAAGUUAGGAAAUCAACUAGUGUGUGUAUCAGCCAUAUUCUCAGCCGUACUGUGUGAAAUAUCAGAUCCUUAUAAUUCUUUUAUCUUGGAAUGUAGAAUGGACAUCAUGCCCAAGCAGAUAUUCUUAUUUCUUGUUUAUUAUUAAUGCUCAAACUUUCUUUUGUUUAUUUUGUUCUUAUGUUAGUCAUGUACAAAAGCACAGACAGGUUUGAAGACUCAUACUAUUAGGAAUGUUACCAUAGUGCUAUUUUUCUAGACAUACAAAGGUUUUCUCAUACAAGGCAGGCUGUCACACACACAAUUGUCAGAGCUUGCCACAUUCUUAUUGACCUCACACAAUAGUUUCAUAUUUAUUAUAGUUAGAUUUAUUAUGUAUAGAAAAUUUUUUGUAGAUAUAUUUAUUUUUUUUAAGAAGAGGAGUGUUCUCUUGUCACAGACCUUUCACUGCCAGACUCCAGGGACUUGUGACUCCCCAGUUUGUGGCAGCUCUAUUAGUUCAUGCUUUUUUUUGCACAUUAGGGUUAAAAUAGAUCAUAUAGAUAUUUUUACACCUGCACAUUGAUUUCCCAGUUUGUGGCAGUACUAUCUGUUAAUACUUUCUUUGCAGUAGGGUUGAAAUAGACUAUAUGGAGAUCAUUAUACCUGCACAUUUAUUUAAGUACAACUGUUAUUGACACCAAAAUUACUCUUACCAUAGGUACUACUGUUCUGAAUACUGGCAUUGAAUGGGUUGACUCGCCCACCCAGACUUGCAACACAGGAUGAGAAUACGGCUGUGUGAGUGAGAGAGUGAGUGGUUUAAGAGACAAGCAGAGCAAACAGUUAACCUUAUUCCAUUGCCUUUCUGGAUCGUCCUUCCCCCAAACCUUUACUUUUCAUCGUGGUCCUUCCAAGGGAUGAUGAUCUGGCAGGUUCGGAAUGCCACCUUCUGUCGUUCAGCCACUCCUGUUGUGCUCAAAAUAGGAAGCCAUCUGUAGUGGAUCUUCAUUUUCCACACUUCAUUCCUCAUAGUGCCCAAUAAUACACUUCAUGUUAUGCAAAUGAGGGAGUGAUCUAGUUAUUUUUUUCUUUGUGUGUGUGUAUGUUUGUGUGUUAUCAAUGUGCUCUCUUCCCAUUGUGUCCCUCCGUUUCAUGUUAUGCAAAUGCAGUCCUUCAUUUUUACCCUUUUUUUUUGUCACAAUGCAUAUCUAUUUCUUCAUGGUGGUUAUUAUUUGUCAAUACUAUGUGGUGAGCUUGUGUAUAUAACAUUAUAUUCAUGUGUGAAAAAAGGAUAAAAAACAGAGUAUAUUUAUGUUUGCUGAAAGUCUGUACCAGUUUCACUAUUUCCUGUGAUGUUACCACCUACUCUACCCAUCCACCCACUGUGUCUGCUCCACUGUCACUGGUGGUGGUGGUGGUGGUGGUGGUGGUGAUGAUGUUAGAAAUUGGCAGUCUAAUAUUUGUCUUCACUUUUUCUGUCACUCCAUUUUUUCUUGUGUUUUGCCACAUUCUCAUGCUCUCUCUCUCUCUCUCUCUCUCUCUCUCUCUCUCUCUCUCUCUCUCUCUCUCUCUCUCUCUCUCUCUCUCUCUCUCUCUCUCUCUCUCUCUCUCUCUCUCUCUCUCUCUCUCUCACACAAAUAUGGUGUCUAGACAUAGGUACUGGAUUGGACAGUCUUCUCUACCAAAGCAAUACUUAAAUACCUAAGGGUCAAGUUUCCGUCACUCCUUAUGAACUGUCGUGAAACUCCGAACGCGUCAGUGUAAAUAGCAUUAAAUUACCACUAUGUUUUGUAGCUUUUGAAAGUGUCUUCAUCAACCCUGCCCUUAGUCUUAGUUCAUUGGCUGAAGUGUUUGGCAUCUUACAUUUCAUAUGAGGUGCAGGAAAAAGUGUGUCAGGGAAGCAAAUGUGAUUCAGUCCUUGAGUUAAGAAAAGGUUAGGGCUCAUAAGAUUUUCAAAAGUCUGGGUGAAAUAAAUAGGCUGUACAUUCUAUGUCUCCUGAAGCACAAAUAAUAAUAUAUAGUUUCCUUUGUAUGAUUCCUGCCAAUAUAAGUUUUCGAAGUGAUAAUCUGUAUGACCGCAAGUGAGAUCCAGUAAGGCAAAUUACUACUGAAAAUAUCAAUGUGCGCAGAAAGAAGAAAGGCAUUUUUUUCCAUAAAUCGCUUACUUAUGACUUCCUCAGCGGUGUUGAUGGUGUAUAUUUGUGGUUUUUAUAGAACUGUGGUGCAUCGUUAUUUUACCAAGAUGUGAAUCUAUGCUGUGUCUAUGUUUAGAGUGGACUUGAGAGAGGGACGGCCCGUGUCCCAACUCUCAGGACAAACUUUGCUCAGCCUCUUAGUGCACCGCCUUGCUUGCAUCGACUGUCCUGCCGUGUGAGGUGCAUCACGGGACAAUAGAGGUGUUGGGGUCCAGUGGUGGUGACCUGCACGUGUCCAUUGGCUCUCCUUGCAUCUCUGCCGGUGAUGCAGUGUUGUCAUGUCUGUGUUAUCCCGAAGGAAAAAGUGUGUGUUUUCCAGUGUGUAGAGUAACAACCCAGUACUGCCUCUGUUUGUCCUCCAUGGGUCAGCGUGGUGGAAGCCUCUGAUUGACUCUAUUGGUUAUUUGUCUUUUUAUAUUAUUUCCUCUCAAAUUGUGACUAAAACAUGCCCCUGAAUGGAUGUAUCCUUCAUUUUUGUUUAGAAUAUAUUCCUGGGAAGACAUUUUUUAGGUUAUGAUUUGUGGAAGAAAUGUACAUAGCAUAAAUUGAAGGCACAAAUAUAAGACUGGCUGUGCAUGCACUCCAUUUUCUGCAGCUCCAGGCACAAAGCUACCCACCCUCAGGGGUUCCCAGGGAAGUCCCUGCCCUAGUCCAGUGCUGCUAUGGGCUGCCGGGCCUCCCAGCUGCACCGUUGAGGGUGGCUGCUGGACCAGGUGUGAUUUUAUACUUGUGUGUUGACAGGAAGGGUUUUACUGUGCUGUGGGGGACAUGGCAGCAUCAUGCCACCCUCCCUUGCCCCAUGUGUUGGAUGCUUGUUUUCAUGUCAUGCCCAGGUGAGGCCGUCCUGGUCCUUGGGGCAUCAGUUGCUGUGUUAUGUGUAAGGCUGAUACUACUGCCAUCCUGUGUGUGUGUGUGUGAGAGAGAGAGAGAGAGAGAGAGAGAGAGAGAGAGAGAGAAAGUGUGUGUGUGUGUGUAGAUGGGUGUGUGCAUGCAGUGGUGGCAGGAGCUACACACGAGAGGAGAGUUAGGAAGGUCCAACAUUUAUUAAAUGUCAUGAAACUGGAAGAGUAUUAUUAUUAAAGUGAAACUACAUGUCAGUGUAAAAUAGAUUAUAUUGUCAAUAACAUGUAAAUAACCAGAUGUAAUGUAAAUUUGUCACAAUAAAUAUUGUAUAAAU